UCCUCAUACACAGCUAAUUUAGCGGCUUUUUUGACGGUGGAGCGCAUGGUGACCCCGAUCAAUUCGGCCGACGAUUUAGCCAAACAGACUGAAGUAGAAUACGGUGUACUUAAGCACUCGUCGUCUAUGGACUUCUUUAGGGAGGGCAUACGAAGGGUCAGGGAGUCAAAGGGAAAGUAUGCUUUUCUCAUUGAGAGCACACAAAAUGACUAUGUUAAUGAAAGACUACCAUGUGAUACAAUGAAGGUGGGUCGCAAUCUUGACGCUAAAGGUUACGGUGUGGCCACACCUUUAGGCUCAUCCAUUAGAGAUUCACUAAACUUAGCCGUGUUAUUCCUGAAAGAAAAUGGUGACCUGACCAAGCUGGAAAAUAAAUGGUGGUUCGAUAGGAGCGAGUGCAAGAUUAAAGAGAAAAAGGAUGCAAACCAAAGCGAGUUAACACUGGACAAUGUAGCCGGAUGCUUUUAUAUAUUAAUCGGGGGCUUAAUAUUAGCAAUGAUUGUGGCGCUAAUGGAAUUUUUGCUCAAAUCUCAAAUGGAGGCCAAACGCAAUAAUAUCGGAAUUUUUGACGCUAUUCGUAACAAUGUACGUACCUCAAUUACGGGUGGACCCACUUUUACAAAUCGAUUUACAAGCGACUCGUUUACGACAACAUCAACCUGAUAAUAUACUGUAUAAUAAUUUUUACAAAUUCAAUAUAAUGUUUAUUGUCCAGGGUAUCCAUAAUCCGAUAUUAAUUUUUAAAUAUUCACAGUCACGGAAAUUGCACUAUUUUUCAAUAUUAUUUGUUACAUAACAAUGAUUGCCAAG